AUGUUCCGUAACGCCGUCGCAAGACCUGUCCUCCGCGCCAACCAGCGAUUGGUCGCUAUUCGCUCGUUUUCCGUUGCUCCGGUUAGAAUGGGCGAAGGUGAUCUUGGUGCUCCCAAGGCCGGCGGAUCUGCUGCUGCCGACUCUUUCACCAAGCGCGAAGCUGCGCAAGAGAACCUAUACGUCAAGGAGAAGGAGCUUCAAAAGCUCCGAGAGCUCAAGCACAAGCUUGCCGAGCAGCGAAAGCACCUCGAUGAACUCGACAAGCACAUUGAUCAACUCACCAAGGAACAAGGCGGCGAGCAGAACUAA